UGCAAAGCUAGUACUACAAUCAGAAGCGGCACUGACGGCGACGACAACAAUCGGAAACAUCAGCAGGCGGGACGUCUAAUUAAAAUGUCUCCGUUAUCAGCGAUACUAAUGCACCGCAAAGACAAUUUUAAUUUCACCUCAUUGCUCUAAUAGUUUUGCCUUGCGCGAAAGUUUAAAGUCUCCUUACUCACCACUCGGAACCGGUUCUCCGAAUCAGAAACUCAUCUCUACCAGCUCAAUUAAACGUUUUGCAACACUGUAAUUCUAUCGUGACUAUUGCCGAGAGAUGGGCAAACAUCGAUGAAACCGAUACUUUGAAAACAUCGCUGAAACCGAUGUUUAGAAAACAUCGAUGACAUCGAUAUUGACAUCGACGUUUAUUCCCCUCUACUAUUGCCCAGCUCUAGCUGCAAAACAAGCAAAUCGGGGAACUUGUCUAUUUCUGAAGAAAAAUGGACUUGCAGGUGUUAAUGCAUCAGAUGUACAGUGGUGCGGCGGCCAUGCCGAUGAUGAUGCCGGCCCCGCACCUGAAUGGCUACGGAUACGGCAUAGCCCAUGGACAACAGCAGCCUUUUUGUCCGUUUCCCCUCAACGGAAGCAGCGUCGACCAGGUUGAGGACAAACUGGCGGACGAAGAAGAGGAGGAGGAUGAGGAGCAGCGGACGCUUUUCUGCGGCAAUCUCGACGAGCGCGUCACAGAGGAGAUCCUUUACGAGGUCUUCCUGCAAGCCGGUCCCAUCGAGUUUGUGCGGAUACCCUCGGACAACACGGGGCGGCAGAGGAACUUUGGGUUUGUUACCUACCAGCGCCUGUGCGCCGUGCCCUUUGCUUUGGACCUCUACCUGGGCUUGGAGUUGUUCAACAAGAAAUUGACCAUCAAGCAGCAGGGCGCCGACAAAGCCAAGCAAUCGCCAUCGUUCAACCAUAGUCGCCUACGCAACCCGUUUAUGCUGGAGUCUCCAUCUCAAGUGUCGCCCCCGCACCACUCACGGCACAGUUUGCAUGGCGCAAGGCCCUACGACCGCAAUCCGUUUGGGAACAACGGGGACCAGCGGCGACGCAGCGACAGCUCCGUAAUGGAACGCAGCCGGCCAAGGAUGCAGCCACAGCAGCACCACCAGCACAUGCAGGGCGGGAGCAGAAGGUCGGACCAACGACACAACAACAAACGCCGAUUACUUUAAUUUUUGAAAAUGCUUUUAACUAGCCUUUAAAUAUAUCGUAGGAGUAAAGUUAAGAUCACAAAAGAAUCCUAAAAUUCUUGUACCCCCAAUGUCUAAGACACCGCCCACCUCCUAGUGGCUGUGCACUGGCUAUCGGCACAUAAGACUAGGAGUAAAGAAGCAGGUCAAUGUUCGCUUGUUCCCUACUUACUAAUUCAACAAAACCCAAAUUGCAUCAAACGCAAUCCAUACGGAAACAACAGAAUUCAUCUCCUUCAGGAAGGUCGAU